AAAAAAAAAACAACAUAAAUCAAAGGCAUAGAAGAUAUAAGUCAUAGGAAAAAAAGCAUAGAGGAGAUCGAAACUUCCUACUCCGCUUGAACACGGUGGUCAUCAGAUCUCCGGGUUUCACUAGCUCAGGUUGUCCAAUCCCAAGCCGUACCGUCACCAUCAACCAGAGACCACACACUGGAGGAGCCCCGCGGCCAUAAAACGUGUUGAAGACGACUUUUAACAUUAACCGUCGUUCACUGAUAGAAAUGUUCUUCGCUUCAUAGGUCUGAUGCUUCACAUAUCUAAAUCCCCACAAGCAGAUAAGCGAGCUAGGAUUACAGACCGACGAGAAACAAGUUACUAGAAACCGCUAUCUCGGAAAACAGAUCCGCCGACACCAAAACCCUCACGACAAUCGGAGAUUGAUCUGAGCCCCGAUGAUUAACUAGCAGAAGUCAGUGGUCUCACUAUCGUCCUCAAAACAGCGAGCACACACGAGUAACCGACGAACGAACAGAUCUUAUAGCUGUCUGUCGUGAAGACACAUGCAUGCCCGGUUCGCCACAUGGAGAGAGAUACCGCCAUGACUCUCCAGAAAGUUAGCUAAUACGUCAAGUAAAGCAUAUUCCGAGUGAGGGUGACCCUAGCAACUAAAAUAGAGGCACCAUAUAUAUGUCGUUCAAUCUCCACCCACAGUGACCAUGAGAUUUUUAAUUAGAGAGAAUUAGAAGAGGGACUCGUGUUAUUCAAACGCGACUCAAAAGUUUUUUUAAGAUUUAAUGAUUAAAAUUUAAGGUCCAAUAAAUAUUAUUUUUAAUUUUUGUUUUUCUUAUGUGAUACUAUAUAUCAUUGGUGAUAAAAUGUAGAUUACUAAUAGCAAUAGGAUUUGUCCAUAUCAACCGAAAUGUUGCACCGACUUGGUUCACGGGUGCUAUUAAAACAUCGUGUAGUUCUCAAAACAUGAAAACGUCACAAAGUUCUUCCAUGGAAAACCAAAAGGUUCAGAAUACAGAAUCGUCUCUUCCCUCUCUAGGGCACGAAAGCGCGGGAAGCCAAAACAAAAAAUCUCAGUGAUUCACCGAUCAUGCUGCACUGCAGGCAGAUCCCUCUAAUCGCUUAUUAGGGUUCAUCUCGUUCGAAUCGAAUUAGAAAAAGAGGAAAUGGUCUGGAAUUACCCAGAAAUUUCCAAGGAAGAUUUCACGAAGCUACUGAAAGGGUUUGUAGAUUUGCUCAUCCUCGCAUCUGGGUUUCAAUCUUCUGGCGUUCCCGCUCACUGGGACGCCGAGAAUUGCAGGAAAGCUCUUCAAUGGGGUCUCUUCUUCGAAAACAUGUUAAGAAGCAUAAAUAGUUCAGAGACAUUUGGGGAAUCUGCGAGAGAGGUUGAGGAAGCUAUCUCCGAGAUGCAAUCUAACCCCUUGUUCCCAAAGGUGGCUUCUGACUUGCAGGGUAUGGAGAAUCUGUCGUCAGAUACUCUCUCAAAGGGAAGAGAGUUUGUGUUAGAGCACUUGAUGAAUAACUCAACGUUGAAGGAUACGCAACUCCAAGCUGUUCUGGUUGCAGCUGUGGAAUCCGGCAUUAUCGACGUAAUUGAUGGGAAGCUCAGUGAGAGGCAAGCUGUUGUGUCACGUGUAUCAGCGCUUGAGACUGGUUUGAAUAUCCUUUCCAAACAAGACAAGGAUACAACUUUGUUGGGUGGAGGACAACAGCCUAUUGAGCUUGUAACAUGGAACAAAUGGCAAUCGAAAGGUCUGUCUUAUUUUCUGCGUAAGAGAACUUUGAGAUUGGUAUCGGGAGCCAGCUUGAUAUUUUCUGCACCGAGAGCUCAGUGGGCAGAGGUGUUGAGAAGGCUGCACGUUUCAGCUGAGAACAAAGAGGAUAUAUUCGUCGAAAAGAUUGAGCUAUUGUUACUAGGAUGCGUAACGAGCAGAUGGACUCAUUUAAUCGAAGGUAUCAUGUCAGUUUCUUACAAAUCUGUCACCGUGUCCGAACAAUACGAGGAGUUACGUAACCUGCUUCUUCAAAGAUCUAAAGGUUUAAAACAGAAUGAGAUCGCUUUGACUUCAAAGGUUGAAGAGAUUCUUGAGCAUCUAACAGAUAUAUUAAAGAAUCGUUCUCAUCACCUCUGGAAAUUGCCUUCUGCCCUUAUCGCAGCUGCAAUUCCACCAUGGUCACCAUUGUUUGGUUUGUAUUUUGGCGAAAUAGAGAAACAGUUGAAACUAGACCUCUCAGCAACAAGAUGUUGUAGCUGCGAUAAAGAUCUAAACGAGCAUAAGGACUGUGAGCUUGCGGAGAGAGUUUGGUGCUUGUACGUAUUCCAUAUUGUCUGCAGAUGCCACCAAACAAUUUAAUGGGUCUUAAACCAUACAAGAAGAUCAGUUCAUUAAGAUCAUAUUGAUGCAGAUAUUUUUUGUGCCUUAGCUUGUAGAUGAAAACAAAAAAACAAAAUAGAUAUGUCUGCCUUCAAUUUCAGUCACCAUCUCUUCAGUAAAUGGAUAAGUAACAGGAAUGAAUCGUUUUUUUUUUUGUAAUUGAAGAUAUUUCCUUUGCUUUGAUUAUUGGUUCUUAUGAAAUUGAAUUCUCUUUGCUGUUGUUGUUAA